GGGCAAAAUUAUAAUUAAAGGCUGAACUUCGGCGAAGCUCACAAUGAGACCGAUAAUAAAAGCGAAAAAGAUUAAGCCAGUCGCUGAGCAAAAAGUAUAAAUAUGCAAAGCCGAAAGCAAAACCCAAACACGUUAAGCAAGAAAUUGGUUUAAAAAACCUAAAUAAGUUAAUGUGCAUACAUAUAUUUUCUUUUUUUAAAUAAAAAAUAUUUAUAAAAUGCGUGUAAAUGUACAUAGAGACUCAGAGGCAUAGCCAAGCUUCAAGCCGAAGGCUGUUUGGAUUUUGGAUUGGAAACUUUUAGAAACCAAUUACACAGAUCGUGACAUUAUUUAAUGCAUUUGUCUGACUGAUUGACUGCAAUUUGUAUCUCAGUGCGGCAAUUGGAGAGGCAACAAUUAACAAAGACAACUGCAGCACGAUAGCGAAAGAAGCAGCGGAAAACCGUAGUCACACUGAGAGACGGACACUCGGACGGAGUGGAGUGGACUGGACUGGACAGCUCCUGCAGCAGAAUGAAGAAUCGUCAGCGAACCCGCCGAAUAUCGCUAAAUGAAAACCACAACAAACACAUGGCCAGCGGCAGCAACAUCGAUGUACAAAUAUUUACCAAUACAAAAGAACCCAAUCAAGUCAAUUUAAAUUCAUCGUCAAAGCUGCUGGCAACUACACAAACGUCGACCUCAACGGAGGCUGCUCAUCCCGUCUCGCCUCCAGCCGCUCAGAUAGCCGCUCCACCGCAGCAGCAGCAACAACAACUGAUUAGGCCGUCCACAAUCAUGACGGGCGCUUUUCCAUUCCACACCAAGCUGCGAAAAUCCAAAUCGACGCCAAGUCUGAGCCACCCGAUGGCGGAGGAUCUCCCCACCUGUCAUCGCCCAUCCGCACAUCUCGGGAAAUCUGCCACAGAGGCUAAGAAAACCCUGCAACAUGAACAAUUUUCACGCAUCACCAGCAACAGCCCGCCAACGACACCGGAGUCAUUGCGUUUUGGUUGCGCUCACUAUAAGCGAAGGGCCAUGUUUGUGACACCCUGCUGCAACAAGUUCUACAAGUGUAGAUUCUGUCAUGAUGAGAACGAGACGCACCACUUCGAUCGCAAGACACUCACGGAGUUGAUCUGCUCAGAGUGCAAUACCCGCCAGACAGUCCGGGAACAAUGCGAAAACUGUGGAGUACGCUUUGGAAAGUACACUUGCCUCAUUUGCAACCUCUUCGAUGAUGCCGACAAGCAGCAGUACCACUGCCACGGCUGUGGCAUCUGUAGGAUUGGCGGUGCCGAAAACUUCUUCCACUGCGAGGUGUGCAACAUGUGCUUACCCAUCCAGCUGAAGAUCGAUGGCCAUCGGUGCGUGGAGAAUAUCUCACGAUCCCAUUGUCCGGUUUGCCUGGGGGACAUCCAUACAUCGCGUAUUCCCUGCCAUAUUCCCGACUGUGGACACCUGCUGCACAAGAUGUGCUUCGACCAGCUGCUGGCCUCCGGCCACUACACCUGUCCCACCUGCCAGACCUCACUGAUAGACAUGACGGCGCUUUGGGAAUACCUCGACGAUCAGGCACUCCGUUUGCCAGUGCCACUGAAAUACGAAAAUCAGCGCAUUCAUAUUUUUUGCAACGAUUGUCACAAGACUUCCAAAACCAAAUUCCAUUUCAUAGGACUCAAGUGCGUGCACUGCGGCGCCUACAACACCACGCAGGAUGUAAAGCGUCGCCUGUCUCUGGUCACAGAUGAACCCUCAUCGGCGUGAUGUCCCCAGGAUCCCUCAAUCCCUCAUAAUCAGUAUCAACAUUCACAAUCACAUCAAAACCAGCAUCAGCAACUGCAACAGGAAAUCUCUUGCCAUGCUCCCACAUAUUUGAAGAAACUAAAUUGUUUUCGUAAACACACAACACAACUGAAGUCGAAACGCAUUGAAUUUAGACCAAAUUCGAGCUGGUAUCGAAUAUGAAACAAACAAACCCCUAAGCAAAAGGCUCCUUAAGCACUUGGGUGGAGUUUUGAAGCCUCUAAGGAUUUACAAACAAUAUCUCUGAUUUACAGAAACUAAAUAGAUUGAAUAUAUUGUGAUAGGCCUUUUAAAUAAUUGAAUCUUGAAUAUUAAUUGCAAAUCUUUAAAGGUUUCAGUACUCCACCAUUUAGUUCAGUUUUUAAUAUUGCAACGAAAAGCACUCGAAUUUUUAUGUUUUCUAUUAUUUUCUCAAAAUCAAUUGAUGUUAUUCUCGAAUUUUAAACUUAAUUUUUGGAAAAAAAAGAAUCCCCUCAAAUCUCACAACGCCGUUACAAAUUUACAAUAUUUUCAAUAAAACUAAGUGAACUUGAAAA